AUGUAUCAUUCAUCUAACUUUAAAAUUCAUCUUCUUUUGAAAAUACACAUCGGUAACUCAACUAUUAUUAAACUAUAACAUUAAAUAAUAUAAUUAAAAAUAAACUAUAACAUUAAAUAAUAUAAUUAAAAAUAAAUAAUAUAAUUAAAUAUAAUUAAAAAUAAUAUAAUUAAACUAUAACAUUAAACUUCAAUUCCAUAAUUUUCAUUAAUUUUUACAUUAUAUUUAUAUAAAAUUUGUAAAAUUAUGUAAUAUUAUGCACAAUACAAUUAUGUCUAAUACAAUUACUUGAAAGCCUUACGAUACAAAUGCAUCAUUUUUUAUUAUUUUCAAUAAUCAUUUUUAAAUUCAUUCUAAAAUAAAAUUCUCGGUAAUUUUUAUAAUGACAUAUGUUAUCACAUCAGUUUUUUACAAUGACAUGUAUUAUCAUCUUUUCAGUCAAUUACAUGGAGAUAUAUUCGUUUAUUCGUUUCCUAUUUCCUAUUCAUUUAUUCAGAAAAUGUCUCAAAAACAUAUGAAAUAAACAUUUAUAGGGACUGUUUUGCGAUACAUUAACAUGUCAUUUCCGCUUCUUCAUUUCCACCAUUUUAACCAUUCAGUAAAUAACAUUUUUUUUAAAUUUGAAUAAAGGAUUAAUUUCUAUGUGUGACGUAGAUAUAUGUUUAAAGAAAUGUGUCCCGUCCAAAGUUCCGAACGGGGCCGAAAUACCUCACAGUUUAAAUUCAUACGUCGUCGAAUUCACGUCGAAGGUGUUAGUUAAAUUGCUACCUCGUAUCCGAUUUAACAGGUAAACUGUCGACAUGUCUGCAGUUGGAAGUAAUUUGUAUAUAGACGACCUAGUGAAUUUUGCUGAAGCAACGAUUUCAAAUGAAAAAAGUGAAGUAGCUGAAUUUUUUGCUCAUACUAACAUUUUGAUAACAGGAGGUACAGGUUUUCUAGGGAGCUUAGUCAUCGAAAAGUUGCUCAGAUAUAUGAUAAAUUAAGACAUGAGCAACCGAAUUUUCUAGAAAAAGUAGUAAUGUUAGAAGGUGAUGCAACGAAAGAAGAUUACGGAUUGUCGCCAGAAGAUAAAAAUGCUUUAAUGGAUGUAAACAUUAUUUUUCAUGCAGCUGCAAUCGUACGAUUUAAUGAAAAACUUCGAACUGCAGUCAACAUUAAUGUUAAAAGCACAAAAUUCUUAUUGUUAUUUGCAAAAAAAUUACCAAAUUUGAAGGCUUUUGUACACGUAUCAACUGCAUUUUCACAUUGUAUAGAUAAAAAUAUCGAUGAAAUACAUUAUACAGAUGUUAUAGAUGCAGAUAAAGUCUUGGCAUUAUUAGAUAUCUUGGAUGAUGAGAAAUUUGAACAAAUAGGAACUGUACUGCUCGGUAAAUGGCCAAAUACAUAUAUAUUUAGUAAGGCACUAGGGGAGAAUGUAGUAUUAAAAUACAGUAGUGAUCUUCCAGUUUGCAUUGUACGACCCAGCAUUGUUAUAGCAACUUUCAAAGAACCAAUUUCUGCAUGGAUAAAUAAUAUAUAUGGACCUACAGGUAUAGUUGUGGGUUCUGGUAUGGGUUUACUACGUACAUUUUAUUGCAAAGAAGAAUGUGUAGCAGAUAUCAUACCAGCAGAUUAUGUUAUUUCCAACAUUAUUUCCUCUGCUUGGGAUGUUGCCAACAGAAAAGCUGCAAUAAAACCAGGCCAAGUUUCUAAUCUAACUAAUGAAGAAAAAAUACCAAUUUAUAAUUCAGUAUCUUCUUGUCAAAAUCCAAUUACUUGGGGUGAAUUUAUGAAAAAGAAUGAAAUGUAUGGAUUGAACAUACCUAGUACGAAAUCUAUUUGGUAUUAUAUGCUGAUACUCAAUAGAAAUUUAUUUAUUCAUAAUGUUUGUAUUGUCUUGCUUCAUAAAAUACCAGCAGUUAUUGCUGAUACAUUAGUUUAUCUUACUGGUCGGAAACCUAUAUUAUUAGAUACAUACAACAAGAUACAUACAUUUCUCAAUGUGAUGUAUUACUUUUCAACAAGUGAGUGGAAGUUUAAAAAUGACAACGUUAUAAAACUUUGGAACAAAAUGAAUUCUGUUGAUCAAGAAAUUUUUUGUGUUAACGUACAAAAAUUGGACUGGAAUGAAUAUUUUUUUCAACAUAUAAAAGGUCUUCGUAUAUAUCUGUUAAAAGAUCCUAUGGACACACUACCAGCAGGUCGAAAGAAAUAUAAAAAGCUACGUCUAGCGCACUACUCAAUUGUACUAAUAAUUAUACUAAUAACUUUAUGGAUAGCAAUAUCAUUUAUAAGUUUCUUUUGGUAAUUUUGUCCUUUAUCACAUUAUAUAAUCAUAAUAGUAAUAUUGUAUCUUUUUUAUUUAUAAUUGAAAACAAUCUUGCCUUAUUAUCGUGCACACUCCAAACAUUUCUUCACAAUUGACUUGUUUCGUUAUAAGGACAAUAGAUGUCGCCACAAAGCUAUAUUAUUGUGAUUAAAAUAAAAUAUAUUUCUUUUAAAUAUGUUAAAUUUUCUAAUCUGUAAAUGAGAAAAUAUUUGGUUUCAUAUUCCGCAAUAUUCUUUUACUUAUAGUUUAUUAUUAUUAUUGUUAUUGACAGUUUUAUAUGUUUAUUUAUUUUAUAAUUAUCAUAAUUUAUAUGAUCUUUAUAUAUAGGUAUAGUGAGUCAGUUUUUGAGUCAAUUUUUAAACGUCAAUUUGUUUAUGUGUAAACAUAUUAAAUAAACUAAUAUCAUACAUACAAAAAA